AAAAAAAAAGGAAAAUAAAAAAGGGACUCAAAUAUUUCGCAUCAACUUUUCCUUAUCUCAGUUCCAAACAUGAAUGCCUCCCUGCUUCAUGGAUCCCGCACAAUAAUAAUAAAAACAACAACGGCUCUCGUUGAUUUGAUUUGGUAGAUGGAUCAUCAAUAAGCAUUGAAUGAGUCUUCUUAGAAAGUGAGUUUAGAAAGUAAGCAAUUUUGUACUAACUUUUAUAUUCCAGAACAGCUACUCCUCCAAAGAAUUGUACCGCUUAGCCCUAAUUAAGCCUCACUGGAAUAACAAACAUGGUUGCAAAUCAAAUCCCUCUGAAGAUUAAGACGGAGACAUCUUCAGUUCCCUCCGUUUCAGGGCCUUUUCUUACUUCAAUCCCUCCAGUGAGUGAGUCAAUGAUGAGUCGUCAAUCAAUUCUUGUUGGAAGUGCGUCGCCAGCAACAGUAAAAUGUUUCCAACAGGAGCCAAACACCACACCUUCUUCAAAUUUGCCCCAUCCUCCAUCUGUAUCUCAUGGUCCUUAUCAGGGAAUCACAAGCUUGCAGUCUUCUUCACCUUCGUCCACUUCACAAGAUAUGAUCACAAAUAAUGACAAUGUUCAGGAGUCUAAACCUGUAGUUGGUGGUCUAUCCCAACCAUUGCAUCCAAUAGGUCGUGUGGCAGAAAGUGCGAGUAUUUUGAACAACCUCUCUCAAAUACGGCAAGCUAUGGACUCAUCUAAUCUUAACACCGCAAAUUUUAUGGGUCUUCAACCCAUGGGUGCGACUCCAAUGGCCAUGCAUAUGUCAAACGUGAUAUCUAGUGGAAUGGCAUCAACUGCUUUGCUUCCUGCGCAAAAUGUUUUCUCAUCUGGAGCUAUGCAGCCAUCACCUGGACCUGAUAAAUAUGUGAAAGUUUGGGAAGGAGCAGUAUCUGGACAGAGACAAGGACAACCUGUGUUUAUCACUAAACUCGAAGGAUACAGGCAUGCAUCAGCAUCAGAGACGCUUGCAGCGGACUGGCCAAUGAUGAUGCAAAUAGUUCGGCUUAUAUCUCAGGAGGACAUGCAUAACAAGCAGUAUGUGGGCAUGGCAGAUUUUCUUGUUUUUCGAGCUUUGAAUCAACAUGGAUUUCUGGGACAGCUACAAGAAAAGAAACUCUGUGCGGUUAUCAAGCUACCCUCACAGACAUUGCUGUUGUCUGUUUCUGACAAGGCCAGCCGUUUAAUUGGAAUGCUUUUUCCCGGGGAUAUGGUUGUGUUUAAGCCACAACCACCUACUCAGCAGCAGCAACAACAGCGGCAGCAGUCUAUGAACUCUACUAAUCUUGACGCCGCAUAUUCUAUGGGUCUUCAAACAAUGGGCGCAACUCCAAUGGCCAUGCAUAUGUCAAACGUGAUACAUAGUGGAAUGGCAUCAACUGCUUUACCUCCAUCUCAAAAUGUAUUUUCAUCUGGAACUAGGCUGUCAGCACCUGGACCUAAUAAUUAUGUGAAAGUCUGGGAAGGAGCCCUACAUGGGCAGAGACAAGGACAGCCUGUGUUUAUCACUAAACUCGAAGGAUACAGGAGUGCGUCAGCAUCAGAGAUGCUUGCAGCGGACUGGCCAAUGAUGAUUCAAAUAGUUCGGCUUAUAUCUCAGCAUCACAUGCAUAACAAGCAGUAUGUGGGCAUGGCAGAUUUUCUUGUUUUUCGGGCUUUGGAUCAACAUGGAUUUCUGGGGCAGCUACAAGAAAAGAAACUCUGUGCAGUUAUCCAGCUACCCUCAAAGACAUUGCUGUUGUGUGUUUCUGACAAGGCCAGCCGUUUAAUCGGAAUGCUUUUACCCAGGGAUAUGGUUGUGUUUAAGCCACAAAUACCUGCCCAGCAGCAGCAACUCCCGCAGCUUCAACAGCAGCUGCAGCAACAAUAAUAACAAAUGGUUGGUGGAGGGAUUGAUUAAAGAUAUGGUCAAGGUCAAAAGAGGGACAAGUAAUGUGGCAGGGACAAGUUCCAACCCAAGGCCCAUCUAACAUGGCUGGUGGUGGAUUUUAUCAUGAAAUGGUACAUUGAUAAGGAAGAUCAGAGAAAAAACUAACUUUGAUACAAAAGGUAUAUAGAUAAAGCUUGAACUAGAAUACGUCAAGUUGUCUGAAAUAUAGUUAGCUGUAAAGAAACUAACUUUGAUAUUAAGAAAUUAAACUAGUAGUAGUACCUAGCUAGGUCUUCACUUAUUACCUUUUCUUUUAUUUUCUUAUUAAACGAGAAAAACUUCAAAUAUGACUUUUAAGAGGGUGAUUAAAAAAUUGAAGAACCAAGAAAAACCACGGAGCAAAAGAAAAAGAAAGCAGAUAAAUCUUCAAAUAAGACUUUAGGAGGACUUUCAACAAAGAACGGAAAAAAGAGGAUAAAGAGGUGUAAAGAAGAUCGUAAAGUAGAGAUGGCGGGAUUUGUUGGAUGUCUAUUUUUAUUAGGUUGUUGACUAGUUGAGAUAAAAGAACUGUACAGCUAGAUUUAGGCUAAUUACACAUCUUGAAAGCAAAUCAAACUUGUUUAAGCGUGAGGAAAGAAAUUGACUCGAGAUGUCGAGUGCUAGCUGCUUGAAACGGCUUUUCAUUAAUUCAGGUUCACUAACCAUCGUAUGUAAAAUAGUCUAUUGUGGUGCUGUUAAAUAAAAAAUGCUCAAUCAACAUGAUUGUUGUUGCCUC